AUGCCAGGCGUUGACAACGUCUACACCAGCGAUCUGGACAGCGGCAAGGCGGAGGCCAAGGAUCUCAAAAAGGCCUUGCUGGAGCCUCAGGGCCACGGAUUUUUUUUCCAGUGGAGAAAAGAGGUCCGGAUUUCGCUUUCGCGCAUUGAGACGGUCCUGGAACGCAUCGAAGAGACCUUCCGAUGUGAGCGGCUGCAUCUUCUCUACCAGCCCCCGUUGGGGCCAAAUAGCCCAGGUCGCCCCAAGCUCGGCAAGCUGGCACCCCGAGACGAAAAAAAAGAGGAUGCGUCCCCAGGAUCGAUAAGACCUACCUUGGAAAGGGAGUUUGCCCUGCAGCCAUUUUUCGAUGGUGAUGCCAUUGAGAAAUUUAGGUCGAUGUCUGAAGUUGACGAGGAGUUGCAGCCGUGGCUACAGAAUGUACUUCUGGAGCACCGUAAAAACCUGGAAAUGCACUUGAUCCAGCUGCACGAAGGGCAGCGCUACAUCGUGGAGUUGAUGAAGUCGGACUACGGGACGCAUGAAGCGAUCACGGUGCAGCCGGUGACCAUGUCGGUGCGCAAGGGCGUCUCCUUCGAGGAUGAGGCGCCUCUGGACAUCGACGUGCUGCUGAAGCAUGACAGGAUCGCCAAAGACGAAGAAAAGGUGGAGCCUGUGGAGCCUGAGCCUGUGGAGCCUGUGGAAAGCGUUCACCACGAGGAGACCCAGCUGGAGAUCGUUUCGGAAGACGACCUUCCACCGCCCCGGGCCAGUCCACGUGCC